AUGGCGGAUAGCGUGGCUCGUGAUUCGUUUCGUUCGUUGCGUGCUGUUCUCUCGGUCGCUUGGCCCACAGUAGAAACAGUUCCUCGGACCUCCGACGAGGCUGUGACGACAGUCUCACGAGGAGGUGUGCGCGCUUUAUUGCAACACCUUUUCCAUAUCAGCGUGGUGUGCAAUAAUGCUUCCUUCAAUAUGAAGGAGAUUAUGAAGGAGAUGGUUGGUGGUUGCUGUGUGUGUUCAGACGAGCGAGGUUGGCCCGACAACCCGCUGGUCUAUUGCGACGGCAAUGGAUGUUCGGUUGCGGUGCACCAAGCCUGCUAUGGAAUCAUUGCUGUUCCGACCGGUCCCUGGUACUGCAGGAAGUGUGAGAGCCCUGAGACUAAAAGCAAAGUGAGAUGCGAACUCUGCCCGUCUAAGUUGGGUGCCUUGAAGCGUACAGACACAGGUGGCUGGGCCCACGUCGUCUGCGCUCUCUACAUACCUGAAGUACGUUUCGGGAACGUGACGUCUAUGGAGCCGAUCGUACUGAGACUCAUUCCCGCUGAGAGAUAUAAUAAGACUUGCUACAUCUGCCAGGAUCUUGGCAAAACUCAUCGCGCCAACGCCGGCGCCUGCAUGCAAUGCAACAAAUCUGGUUGUAAACAGCAGUUCCACGUGACCUGCGCCCAGUCCCUCGGGCUGCUGUGCGAGGAGGCCGGCAACUAUCUGGACAACGUUAAAUACUGCGGCUACUGCCAACAUCACUACAGCAAACUUAAAAAAGGCGGUAACGUGAAGACGAUCCCGCCGUACAAGCCGGUCAGUCACGAUAGAAGCAGCGACUCGAGCGACAGGGAGGGGGAGCCGCCGGCCACGCACUGCAAGCGAGGGCCCGGCCGGAAGUCGUCACACUCGAGCGGCGGCGCUUCCGGGAAGAACACACCCAAUUCCUCCAAGACGCCAACCAACACAAGCCAACCGAUGGAUAAGAAGAAGCCUUCUCCGUCUCGUAGAGGCUCUGUGGCUGAGAGCGGCAGUAAGAACAGUACACCGGCCCCGUCACCAUCACCACAACACAUACAAGAUACACACACUAAAGGAGGUUGUUCUACACCCAUCAACACGGCUAAGAUCCCCUUGCCACCGGAGUCUCCUGGCAAGGAAGGCAUCAUCAGCUCAGCGGCUAUAGCAUCUAUACCUAUACCGCCGAGCACUUCAACAACGACGGUCGUACAACCUACAAAGCCAUACGAGUCAGUCAUCACUAACACAGAGACCGCUGAUGCUAAACAGACCAAGAAGAGGAAGGCUGUACAAGGAUCGCAGCAGACCGUGGACUAUGCUGCCUCACCGGCGCCGACGGAGGUGUCGAACCAGAUGGGUAACAACACGUGGGAACAACAGGCGAGCCACGCUAACAAUGACACUAAUGUUGAAGUAGAGAAGAUUAUUAAGAAGGCUAAAACUGAAGGUUCGGAGGGCGGGUCAUCUUCAGCUGGUCACUACACCAGCGUGAGCCCGGCGCCCCCUCCCCCGCCGCCGCCCGCACACAGCCCUGCCUCACACACAUCGCUACAGAGCCCCAGACACCUCCCUAGUCCGAUGCCAGGGCCGAGCGGGAUGAACCAGGCUCCGAACAUAAGAUCACCAUCACAGCAUCAGAUGAAGGAGCGCGAGCCGCCCGCGUCGCUGCUGGUCUCCGUGCCGCUGCCGUCAGCCAGCCACGGCCUGAACCUGUCCGCGCACGCGCACGCCCUCAUGCACGCACAGAUCCCGCUGCCGUCCCCAAUGCCUGAGAUGGGGCAUAUCUUCCAUCAGACUCACAAACAGGUCACGAUGGAGACCGGGCUGAGUCACUCACCUCACGCACGCUCCUGGGGCGGUCUGAAUGUCUCCUACGAGCUACAGGAUCCAAACAAACCCGGUGUGAGCGGUAUAGCCGGGCCCAGCAAGGAGGCGCUCGUCGGCGCGAACAUGGCCAACAUGGCUAAUAUGGCCAACAUGGCCAAUAUGGCGAAUAUGGCCAACAUGGCGAAUAUGGGUAUACCGCCGGCCAUACGGAACAAGAAGAGAGCAGCACUGGCCACAUCCACGGCGAACACACCGCCGCCACCACCGAUGCAGUCAACCACAGUUCAGAACCUUAGCGGGGUUCGUCGCGGACCCCAACCGACUCCGCCGCCCGUGUACCACGAGGCUAUCAAAGAUUCUCCACCGAGCUCGCCCGGCUCUGAGAGACCGCUGAAACCGAAAUUGGAACACAAGUUGGGUGUGAACUGCUCAGCUCCUCAUAUGUUGGGUAACGAGUUGAACCCUGAAAGUGGCGCAGCGGCGCGUCUACAGGAACAGUUGACGGCGGAAUUAGCGGCGCAUGCUGCCGGGGCUGUUAACAAUAGCGACACGCCCAUACCACCGCCGCUCAUCAACAAGGCCGCACCGAGAUCUGGUGCGCAAAGCCUGGACCAGCUGUUGGAGCGACAAUGGGAACAAGGAUCGCAGUUCCUGAUGGAACAAGCACAACAUUUCGACAUAGCGUCGCUGUUAUCCUGCCUGCACCAAUUGAGGACUGAGAACGUCCGUUUGGAGGAACACGUCGGUAGUCUGCUGCAAAGGAGAGAUCACCUACUAGCAGUGAACGCGCGACUUGCUAUACCACUUGCCGUUGAUUUAACGAUGGCUUUGUGUUCAGUGGUGAGUGGACCCGGCGAGCCGGUCAGGUGCGCUCGAGAGAACGGAUCGGGACUGAGAGCUCCCUCCGUACCCGGACGACCGGCUGACAAUGUAGCCUGCGACCGACAUCAGCUGAUGAUGCGCGAGAUGCAGCAGAAGCCCAGCUGA